AUGGCGUCCCAUUCAUCUCCCAUAACCCUUUCCUCGCUUACUUAUAUCCCCCCAACGGCGCUGGCACCUCUUCUCCUCGAUCCUUCUGAGCAACACAAGAUUGCUAUCGUCGAUGUCCGCGAUUCGGACCACAUUGGCGGCAACAUAAAAGGUAGCAUGUGGAUUCCGACGAAUCAGUUGGACGUCAGAAUACCGGAACUCCUGAGGACGCUGAAAGAGAAGGAGAAGGUUAUUUUUUACUGCAUGUUGAGUCAGCAGAGAGGCCCCAGAGCGGCAUUGAUGUAUGCCCGAGCAAAACAACGGGCUGAUGCCAAGGAUGAGGGAUCACGACAAGAAAACGGAGGAAAGAUGCCAACACACGAAGUAUGUGUCUUGGAUGGCGGAUUUGGCUCGUGGCAAGCCCGUUAUGGUGAGGAUGAGCGAUUGACGCAGGAUUAUCAACCAGACCUUUGGGAUUGA